UUUCAGUUCGUUUGGAACCUUAUGCGAAGUCGGUUGAGUGCGAAGUGACGCUUUUGCAAAAACAGUUUUGUAUUUUUCUGUUUUGAAAAAUCAUCGUUGCGCGUUACAGUUAAAUCAUUUCAUGUUUGCGGUAUUAUAACUUUUUGUACUUACGCUUGCUGUUGAGUUUAACACGCUUACGUAUUCUGGACACUUGUGUGCUUGUUUUGACCCGUUUUCAAGCGCAAAUCCCUGCGCGUUAAAUCCGGCAUCGUAUUACCAUUCAUCACGUUGCCGUCAUCGAAAUGGGGUGUUCUGCUCGGCUAAUUGGCAGCGAACACACUUAACAAGCAAUAUUGUUUAUUAUUAGCUUAGGCUCUCUUACUCCAUUUACACUGGUGUGGCGACAUUUGUUCUUACGGUGCUCGCGUGCAUUCUGUGUUAACGUGAAUUUAUUGUACGUGAAACUGUGUUGCAUUUGUUGACUUGUGACUUGUGCAGCAAAGUAGUAGUAGUAUCAGUGGAAAAUCUGAAAAAUGUGAAAUGUGAGCUGAGCAUUGUGGCAAAUCGCGUAAAAGUGUAAACCUGUCAAAGCAGAAUAUACGUGUACAAUAACAAAAACGCAACAGAAAUAAGUAACAAAGAAAAGAAGUCAACAUUGACAAUAAGAAAUUAACGUCAGCAACCUGUCGUAAAGUCAUCAGCACAUAUUCUCACAUAUAUACAUAUAGAACAAGUGCAACGAUACUUGCUCACAGCUGCAACCAUUGCAGCAACUAAUGAUUUUCCCGUGAAUGAUUUUCUCAAUACUAUUACACAAAAUUAGAAAAAAAGUAUUUUUUUGUUUUCUGCCGGCAUUUGAGCGAUUUUCCCUCCUGGUGAAAAGUUUUGCUACUGUGGCUCAAACGCGCCUAGAGCCCCUUUCAAGUCUACUACGAGCAUUGCUGCUGACGUUCGCUUGAGUUUGCUGCUGUAAAUCUAUAUGUGUAUUACAUGCCAGCGCAAUAACUUACUCUCCGUUACCGGAUUGCAAUGUGCGCGCUGAAGUAGAAAGUUGCCGUCAAUCGCAUUGUUGCCAACUUAAGUGUGCGUGUUUGUGCUUUUCUUUUAAUAAUUUCGCAUUUUUCGCGUUUGUGUUAUUGUUUUAUACAUACAUCAUCGUAGACAUACACACAUACAUAUUAAAAAAUACACUUAAUGCCCUUGAAUGAAAACUCUGAGCAAUAUGGAAAAUGCAUAACUUUGUUGUGUUGUUAGUGCAGCCUUGCAUAAAAAAAGCUUUUAAGUUCACAAAUAUUUUGUGAGAUUAAAAGUCGAUAAAGUUGAAUUGUACAACAAAGGUAAAAUAAUUGUUUUUGGUGAAAGAGUUAUUUUUGCGUGAAGAUUAUUGUCUAUGCAAUAAACGUUUAAUGCUACUUUUUAAAGUUAAUUAUUAGAAAAAUUAAAAAUACAACAGCAACAAAAUGUCGGAUAUAUAUUAUUGUAGUAAUAACAAGAAUAAGCAGAAAUCAAGCGCGGAUGGCAAGAGCAGCUCAGCGGAAAAAUCUUCGAAAUCUGGAGGGGCCAACGGUGUAAGCAAUAGCAAUAGCAACAGCAGCAGCAAUAACAACAAUAAUAAUAAUACUACUCGAGAGAAUAAUAACGUUUGUGGCAAACACAUAUCGAAUGGCAAAACAAAUUGGAAUGCAAAGAGUGUUCAGAGCAAUCCGAGUGGACAUCGCGAUUCAACCGGAAAUGGCUUAAAUGCGCAAGCGCAACCGCAGAAAGUUUAUCACAAUGCGCGUUGUGCGCGCCACCACAAACCACAUCACAAUCAUAGCCACAGCAGUAACAACAACAAUAGCAGCAACAAUAGUAACAGUAUUGCCAAUGGCAACAAUAACAACAACAGCAGUAAUAGCAAUGGUGUUCUCGCGAAUGGUACGACGCCGAAUGGUCUUACCGACUUGUGUCACCAUCAAUUGGCCAAUCCACCCGCACAUGGACAUGGACACAAUCACACACACACCAACGGUGGCGGUAAUCGAAGAAAAUCGGAGUCAGUGCUAUCCACAGAUUCCGAUAUACGUUUCACGCGUCGCAAGCUGGGCGAUAGUCAGAAGUGCGGUUGUGCUGUGAUAGCGGGAUUUCUAGUCGCCCUACUGGUGGCCGGCGCUUUCGUUUAUGUUGGUUAUACAUAUUUCCGCCCUGAACCGCUGCCAGAUCGAACCUUCCGCGGCAAAUUUCUGGUAAUGAACGAUAAGUGGUCUAUGGAGUUGGCAGAUCAGAAUUCUUUGCGAUUUAAUCAUAAAGCACGUGACUUCCGUGAGCGUAUUAAUUUAAUUGUAAAACGUUCCGAUUUGCGUGAGGCUUACGAAGGCAGCGAGAUACUGGCGCUGGAUGGCACGGAGGAUAUCAAUGAGGUUGUUGUACAUUUCAAUCUUAUAUUUGAUCCAUAUGCCGGCCUGGUAUCGACUGCCGAUCUCUUGGCACUCUUUGCGGAGGAGAUUAACGCACCAAAUCGUAAAUAUUUCGCCAAUAUGACCGUUGAUCCACAGAGUCUAACGAUCAAAGAAGUUACCGGCCUCAUUGAAGAACCUGUUAUGUCUUCUUCACCACUCGGCGGAGAAGAUGAUACUACCGAGAUAAUUACCACUACGCCAAAACCACCGCGCCGCUGUGAAUCGCUCAAAUUGAACUACUGCCGCUCGAUCGGUUAUAAUAUUACAACAUAUCCUAAUUUCUUGGGCCAUCAAUCGUUUGAGGAGGUACAAGCGGACGUGAUUGCUUUUCGCGAAUUAGUGGAUGCAGAGUGUUUUCGUGAAGCAUUCGAUUUUGUUUGCCGUUUACUGCAACCACCUUGUGAUACACAUGGCUCAUUCGAACCGACGCCGGGUGUGAUGUGUCGUGAAUAUUGUCAGCUCUUCAUGAGGGGUUGUGGUAGUCGUUUACCUGCACGAUUCAAGCGAUUUUUCGAUUGUGAAACUUUUCCGGAAGCGACAGGCAUACAGAGUUGUCAUCACAAGCCGCAUUGUGCACACGAUUUGCAAAAUAAUGCACAAAGUCCGCGUCUCUGUGACGGUUUCGUAGACUGUCCGGAUUUUUCUGAUGAACGCACUUGUACCUUUUGUACGGCGAAUUCAUUAUAUUGUGGUAGAGGGCGCGCUUGUGUGUCACGUAAGGCGCGUUGCGAUGGCAAAGCCGACUGUCCGGAUGGUUCGGAUGAAAAGGAUUGUCUUGCUAUAGCACCACUGGCUGCCGAUCUCUUAAAGCCAGAACCGAUGGUGCCCUAUUUACCACGCUUCCACUCCGAAGGUUUUGCGGUAUUUUCCGAAAAGGGUGUUGUGGGAAAAUUGUGCGCAGAGGGCCUGGAAGCAGACAGUAAAUUAAUAGUUCGUCAAACUGUGGCAGAAUCGCUUUGCAAAUCUCUCGGCUAUGAAUCCGUAGAAAUAUUUGAAGUGCGUAACGAUACUGAACAAGUAGAAGAUUACGUGCGUGUGCUGGAUCCCCAUGCGCCGGAGAUAUCUUUUAUACGCACUCAUUGUCAGAAGCGACAGGUACUCUAUGUCGGCUGUGGUGAGUUACAGUGUGGAGUGCAGUCUGUAUUAUCGCCCAAACAAUAUUUAUCGUUACCGAAGAUGUCCUCACCUGGUGAUUGGCCUUGGUUGGUAGCGCUCUAUCGCGAGGACAUACAUGUGUGUGACGGAACACUGAUAUCUCACGAUUGGGUAUUAACCACCGAGUCGUGUUUCCAAGGACAACCACGCGCCACCUGGAUGGCCAUAUUCGGUGCCGUGCGUCUCUCAUCCAAUGCACCGUGGACUCAGCGCCGUCGUAUUAUUGGUUUGAUCAAGAGCCCUGUUGAGGGAUCUACAGCGGCAUUGAUUCGGCUUGAGACACCAGUUAAUUUCUCUGAUCACGUGCGACCUAUAUGCCUACCCGAUGAGCUGCAACGCAAACAAGAUCAGCUGGCCAAACGGCGCGCAUUUGUACCCAAAGCUGAGCGUCUAGAAGGCAAACGUCCACCUCCGAAGGUACCGCCUACUCCUAGCGCUGUUCAACGUCAUUUGGCAGAAUCACAAAAGUUCUUUGUAUCGCCGGCGGUGGAACAUGAUCCAGUUGACGCGCACGGUAGUAGUAGUAGCAGCUCGGAAAGUAGAGAGGAAUAUUCACGUUAUGAUUUUGAUCACUCUGAAGCGGCCGCCUCACAAAUGCCGUAUGCUGAGGCGCUGACCCAGACGGUGGAGCAACAAUUCAAUAAAUAUCCGUUGCCAGAGAGUGCGCCACAAGUUCAUUACUAUAGUGGCGCUGCAUCAUCUGCUGGCCGUUAUGCGCCUGUGCCUGUGGCGACCGGCGGUGUUGGUGUUGCUGCAGGUCGUACGCCGAUAGGAGGUGUGAAUAGCAAAGCUCCAACUACGCCGCCUAGAGUUGAGGAAAUCUGGACAAAUUGCAAUACACUAGGCUGGUCCAGACAACGUGAUCAUUUGCAGCGAGUUCAGUUGAAAAUCGGUGAUAUGGCACCAUGUGAGAAUAUUUCUAUAGCAACGGUAAACAGCAUGUGCACCGAGGCGACCUAUCAGAAGCACGAUUGCACACAAGAAGAGUAUUCUGGUGCGCCUGUGCAGUGCCUCAUACCAGGCACAAAUCAAUGGGCAUUGCUCGGUGUUUCAUCCUGGCGUAUUGCUUGUGGACCGAGCGGCGUUGAGCGACCGAGAAUGUAUGAUAAAAUAACCUCGAACGCGGCAUGGAUACGGGAGAUACUAAGUGCAGCGUAGAAAGCUUCAAGUUUAACGGUACCUUUGUCUUAGUGAGUUUCAAAAUUACAAACAAAAAUUAAAGCUAGAACUAAAAUUAAAAUAACAUUUAAGGUAACAUGAAGCUAAAUACUUACUUAAUUUUUAAUGUAAUAAGUUUUAAAUACAUAUAUAUUAUAUCAAAUAUCUAAAUUCGAAAACGCAUAUACAUGUGUACAUAUGUAUAUGCAGCUGUUAGUUUUGUAAAAAUUAUGAUUGUAUGUGUGCAGCCAAAUUUUUGUUAAACAAUUAGAAAUUUUAUAUUUUAGAAACCCUAUAUUUGAGUGUUUGUAAGUGUGUGUGUGUUUCGCUUAUUUAUAUUGUCGUUGCAAUGUAAUGCAUUUAAAUUAAAAUUUAAUUAAUUUACAAAAUACGUAAAAAUAAUAACUAUUUUAAUAAAAAAAAAAUCAUUUGGUGUAGUUUCGUAAUUUUUUUAGUGUAAAUGUUAAGUGACGAACUUUUUGCAAUACAAUUACUUCCUUACAAAAUAAUGAUUAACUUUGUAAAGUAUUUUAAUGAAAGUAUAAAAUCUGAUACACUUAAAAAUAUGCAUGUAUACUUCCUUUUAUAACUGUAUAUUUUUUUAAUAAACGUUGUUUUGUUAUCUGUAUUUUUAACAAAAAUAUAAUUUAAUAAACUAUUUAAAA